AUGGAUACUGAACGCAGCAUCUACGGUCGAAUGAUACAAUGCCGCACAUGCCAUUGUUUCUCUGGCGACUUCUACGCGGAAUUCGUCCCAUCCGAACAAACGGCCUGCCCAUGCGGCGCACGCAUACAAUCCCGCCAACACAUCAUCUGCGAGUGCCCCCGCUACGCGACCGCACGCCGGCAUCUCUGCAAACCGAACGAGGACGUGUCCCUCACCGACGUCCUCGGCACCAAGAAGGGCCUUCAAGCCCUGACCCUAUUCCUUCGCGACUCCGACGCCUUCAAGAAGUCGUCAACGGAGGCGCCCCCCACCGAAACCGAUGACCCAAGAGCGUCACAAUAG